GUUUAAAAGGCAUCACUGACUUACCUUUAUUGAUUGGAUCAGGUAAUGAACUUCCUUUGGAGCUUCUCCAGACCUUGUUGAAGAUGGCGCCGACUGCUGAAGAAGAACUGAAGCUUAGGUUAUACACCGGCGAUAUUGCUCAACUUGGCCCUGCAGAGAGGUUCCUCAAAGCCAUGGUUGACAUACCAUUUGCUUUUAAGCGCAUAGAGUCACUGGUGUUCAUGUGUUCCCUCCCAGAAGAGGUCACUACCACCAAAGAAUCCUUUGUAACUUUAGAGGUUGCUUGCAACAAACUCAGAAAGAGCAGGCUGUUCCUAAAACUUUUAGAAGCAGUUCUGAAAACUGGAAACCGCAUGAAUGAUGGUACCUACCGUGGUGGUGCGCAGGCAUUUAGGCUUGAUACACUCUUAAAACUGGCUGAUGUAAAAGGCACUGAUGGCAAGACCACACUCUUGCACUUUGUUGUUCAAGAGAUCAUCCGUUCUGAGGGCCGAAGAGCUGUCCGCACAGCCAGAGCAAGCCGGAGCAUGUCCAAUUUGAGUGCAGAGGAUUUAGCUGAGGAUGUCAAUGAGGAAUCAGAAGAGCAUUAUUGUAGCCUCGGUCUUCAAGUUGUCUCCGGUUUAAGCGAUGAACUUCAAGAUGUGAGGAAGGCAGCUCUUGUAGAUGCUGAUGGCCUAACGUCAACAGUAGGAGUUCUUGGCCAUUCACUAAUAAAAACGCGAAAUUUUAUAAAUGUUGAGAUGAAGAAUCUGGACGAAGACAGUGAGUUCCAACGUACGCUAGCCAGUUUUGUGGAGCGUGCAGAAUCUGACAUAACAUGGCUGUUGGAAGAAGAAAAGAGGAUAACUGCUCUUGUGAAGAGCACAGCGGAUUACUUCCACGGGAAUGCAGGGAAGGAGGAAGGCAUUCGUUUGUUUGUGAUUGUACGAGAUUUCUUGGUAAUUCUAAACAAGGUAUGCACGGAGGUUCGAAAUUCAGCAAUGAAGUCAGCAAAGACUGCCAAGAAAGAGACCCCCAUAGAGGCAGCUUCAGAAAACCGCCAGCCGGCUACAGAUAUGCGUCAGCGACUGUUUCCAGCAAUUGCAGAACGGCGAGUGGAGGAUGGUUUCAGUUCAGAUGAUGAGGCCUAGCUUUUCAUUUAGAAUAGGUAUACGGGAGCUCUGGCUUGGAAGCGUAUUGUUUUCCUCUCUGGUUUGGUAAUCCGAAACGAAUGGAAGAAUUUCAAUCACCUAUUACUUAUUCUUUGGUUGUGUUUUCAAGGAAAUCAAAGGUUACCCUUGAGUCAAGUAAGGCGAUAGUGCUGAAAACAUGUGUGCAGAAUGAAAUUGGCCUUCAAAUCAUAUUGGGAUUUAUAAGACAAUGUUUGUGGAAGUAGCUAUAGUAAAUCUUUUAUUAUGUUCAAA